CAGCAAGCAACCAUAGACAUAUAAACAUCAAUUCGGCAUCGAGCAUUGGCUUAACCAGACCUUUUUCCGAUUCAAUUCAAGUUGGUUCUACUUCAAAGUCAACAAUGAGCAACACACCCCAACGCCCUCUGGGCGAAAAAGUCGCAAACACAAACCCAGCACCAUGGCCAUCCAAGGAGAUCACCAUGGAAGGAAAAUAUGUCACGCUUGAACCUAUUUCAGCAGUCCACGCCGAAACCCUCUUUCCUCUCAUCGGCGGACCAGAAAAUGCAUAUCUCUGGGAUUACAUGCCCUACGACCCUUGCCCGUCUUCAGUCUCCGCUCUCCAUGAGGAUAUGGUCAAUAAAGCCGCUUCUACAGAUCCGACAUUCUAUACUAUCCUCAAGCAUGUGGAUGGCAAAAAGGAAGCAGUGGGAUGGUGCAGUUACCUCCGCAUCGAGCCCAAGAAUCGUGUCAUCGAGGUUGGACAUUUGAUGUUUUCCUCCGCACUUCAAAAGUCCGCCGCAGCCACCGAAGCUAUGUAUCUGAUGGCCAAGUACGCAUUCGAGAUGGGGUACAGAAGAUAUGAAUGGAAGUGUCACAGCCUGAAUGCGCCGAGCAGGAGGGCGGCUGCAAGAUAUGGUUUCACUGAGGAGGGCACUUUCAGACAGGCUCUGAUCGAUAAACAUGGCAGAAAUAGAGAUACAACUUGGUUCUCGAUAUUGGAUUCGGAGUGGGAGGACAGGAAGAAGGCAUUCGAGGGGUGGUUGAGCGAUAGCAACUUUGAUGAGCAGGGAAGGCAGAAGAAGAAGUUGGAGGAAUUCAGAGGGUGAUUGAUGGAAUCGUUGUCUGUCAUAUAAGAUGAUGGUUAGAUGUCGCCGAGGUAACUGUCAGCUAUUCACGAUAUCAGUCAGCGAAUGAAGCGAUAGAGAAUCGAUAGAAGUGGUGGUGUAAAAGGCAUCAUCAGAUAUGGAAGCAGUUGUCAUUCACAGUUUGCACUC